AUGACUGAUUCGGAAUCUUCUCUUGAAGACGGCACGGAAAAGACUCCUGUGCUGGACACCAAAACUGUUCUUCAGAAUGAACCGAAGCCAGCUGAUGGGAUAACUGGACUAUACGAGGGAAAUGUGUUUGAAGCUUCACCGGAUAAUCGCCGCCAGAUCGGGGUGAUCAGCGCAUCCAUGUUGAUCUUCAACCGCGUGGUUGGAACAGGCAUUUUCGCGACUCCGAGUACAAUCUUGCAGUUGUCCGGAAGUGUUGGACUAUCUCUAUUCAUGUGGGUAGUGGGCACUGCCAUCGCAAUGGCUGGUACAGCAGUUUACCUGGAAUGGGGCACUGCCAUUCCUAAAAACGGAGGCGAGAAAAACUAUCUCGAAUACGUCUACAAAAAGCCCAAAUUCCUAGCCACAGCCAUGUUUGCUGCCUAUGCCUUCUUGCUAGGCUGGGCUGCCAGCAACAGCGUCGUCUUUGGCGAGUACAUUCUCAACGCCGCCGAGAUUGAGCCUGGUCGAUGGAACCAGCGAGGUAUUGGACUUGCCUGUCUUACCACCGCGUUCAUCAUUCAUGCAACUGCACUGAAAUGGGGUCUUCGUCUUUCUAAUUUCUUGGGGAUUGUCAAAUUGAUCGUCAUCUUAUUCAUUAUUGUCACUGGUUGGGUCGCCUUGGCUGGUCAUACCAAGAUCGAGACGCCACACAAUUUCACCAAUGCCUUUGAAGGUACCAAGGGCAGUGGAUACAACAUUGUCAUGGCACUGUACAACGUGAUUUGGUCGUUUAUCGGGUACUCCAAUGCUAACUAUGUUCUGAGCGAGACGAAGAAUCCAGUUCGUACGUUGAAGAUUGCUGCUCCAGUGGCUAUCGGCUCGGUUGGCAUUCUGUACAUGCUGGUCAACAUUGCCUAUUUCGCCGCCGUGCCAAAAGCGCAGAUGCUGGAGUCUGGAACUGUCGUAGCCGCCAAUUUCUUCGGAAACAUGUUCGGCAAAGAGGCCGAGAGGGUCAUGUCGGUCUUCGUGGCUCUCUCGGCGUUUGGAAAUGUUUUGUCUGUUCUGUUUUCUCAAGGUCGAAUUGUUCAGGAACUGGGCCGAGAAGGUGUCCUGCCCUUCUCCAGACUUUGGGCUAGUAACUGGCCUUUCCACUCGCCGGCUGCAGGCCUGUUCGAACACUACCUCGUAUCGGCCAUCAUUAUGCUCGCUCCACCCCCUGGUGACGCUUAUAACUUCCUACUCAAUCUCAUCUCAUACCCUCUCUCAAUCAUCAACGUCUUUGUGUCCGGUGGCCUCAUAUACAUCUACGUCUCCAAGGACGAGAAGUUUCCGGACUGGGCUCCUGGAAUUCGCGCAACGCUGCCGGUCGUUAUUUUCUUCUUCUUGUCGAAUGUUUAUCUGGUGAUUGCGCCGUAUAUACCACCUUCCGCCGACCAGAGCGUCUACAAGGUGCUGCCUUACUAUCUUCAUUGCGUGGUCGCACUGGGUGUUUUUGGUCUCGGUGCCAUAUACUAUCUCUUUUGGGCGGUGGUGCUGCCACGCAUGGGUGGGUAUGUUCUGGUCAAGGAGUCAGUUGUGGACAAGGACGGAUGGUCGCGCAGUGUGUUGACGCGAGUGCCACAUUCUACGGAAGCGAGAUCAUAG